AUCAUAAUUGCGACUUUACUAUGACUCGAACUUUAGUGGUUUGCAUUAUUCUGUACAGCAUAGCAGUUAGACAAAAAUACGUUAGACGUUUUCCGUGUUAUUUACGCGACGUACCAUGAUGGCAGAGUUUGAAGGUGAAGAACAAAUAACAUCUUUUUUCAACAAAACACCCGACGAAGUCAAGUCACUAUUGUGCCGUGAGAAACGAUGCCCGCUGUGUCCUUUCUAUCGGUAUAUCGGUGAUUCACCGCUACAAAUGCACAUACAAAACGCUCAUAUACAGCAUUCUGUUGACUUUUCUUAUGUUGAAGAAUCAGUGAUUUGUCUUCCAUGUCGUCGCCCGUGCUCUGAUCAAGUUCAACGCCGACCAAACCAUCCAUUGCGAAGUCAUUUUCAUUGUCCAUUCUGCUUAAAAAUAAUUACACGUAGCACAAGUUUCAAAAACCACAUUGUAAGAUGCACUGGAAGUAUCGUUUCGGAAAGAAAAACUAUUGGAAAGAGUGAUUCAAGUAUGGCUGACACGGCCAGUUUUGGCUCUGAUGAACUCCCACAUAGAACAAUACAACCGAUGUUAGAUAUUUUUGAUGUUUCACCAAAUGAUAUGACGGUGCUGAGAAACUUUGUUCAACUCUUUCAGUUUAAUCCGUAUGUCUUACAUUCGGACGAAAUGCUAUUCCUAAGGAAAUGGCUUGUGGAUGAGUUGGGUGCAAAGUUGCCGGAAAUUUCCGAAGAUGAAUUUUUGGAUGAGAUGAUUUCUUCCCAUAGUGACGAUGAGUUUAGUGCCAGUACAUCAGAUUUAAAUUACAGUGAGCUUGGGUUGAAAAAUGACAAGCUUCAAGUUAUUGUUCAAAUGGAUAGCGAAUCAUUUACAGAUGGAACUAACAAUACUGUUGAUCAAAAUGGUGUAAAUGAUAUAUCAGAUGUUGAUAAAAAUGAUGGGAAAAUUAUUGUUGCAAUCAAGUCAGAGCCUGAAGAUAUCGCCAACUUGUAUGAGUGCACUGAUUGUAAACAACAGUUUACCAGCGCAAGUGGGUGGCAAAGACACAUGGAAAUUUAUCAUUCCAUUGAUGCACACAAACUUGAAUGCAAAAAAUGCAAGUAUACCUUUAAGGAUAAACACUGUCUUGCACGACAUAUUCGGAGAGGAACUUGCAGUGGAAAUAUUUUUAUAAAACACAAUAUUGUACUCGACCGAAGGCCUACAAAAAAAGCUGCUACAGAAAUCCCAGUUAGCUGCCCUACCUGCAACCUCAAUUUCAAUAUGCCACAUUUAAUGAAGAAACAUGCUAUAGCUGUUCAUAAUAAUGAUUCACCGUUUGUGUGUGAACAUUGUGGACUAUCAUUCCAAACCUACAGUAAUUGCAGAGUGCAUAAACUAAGCCACAACGACGAAAGACCGUUUGCAUGUGAUCAGUGUGAAAAGAGGUUUAAGACAAAACAGCUUCUUACCUUGCACUCUUACAUGCACACGGGUGAAAAACCAUACUCGUGUGGUAAAUGUGAUGCAAAGUUUCGCUACAGAGGGACCUUGGUUCAACAUCUGUCAACAGUCCAUAAACAGCCAAAGCCUUAUCUUUGCAAUGAGUGUGGAAAAUCAUUCUGUCGAAUAAAUGUUUUCCGUUACCACCAGCACACUCACACUGGUUUCAAACCACACAAAUGUAAGCACUGCGAAAAACGUUUCUACACCGCGCAUCAAUUGCUUCUACAUCAGCACAAUCAUGAUGGAAAGAAACUAUUUCAUUGUAAACUAUGCACGGCAUCUUAUUGUCGUUCCUCUGCUUUGUCCAAGCACGUUAUUUUAAAACAUACAAGGAAUUUCAAACAUCGAUGUCCUUCAUGCAAUAAGGGUUUUGUUUUUGCAUCCAUACUUAAGAAACACAUGGAGAGUGUUCAUAAAACAGAUGAACCUCUAAUUAAAACUGAAUUAAUUGAAAAUCCAGUUCAAUUGUUUUCGAGUGGUUCAAUGUUGGACAUUUUGGAUGUCUCUACAGAAAAACUUCUGAUUCUUAAAGAAUUCAUUGAAUUGUUCAAGUUCAAUCCUAGUGUGCUGUAUGAAAAUGAAAUGCACUUUGUAAGGGAAUGGAUUUUGGAAGAUUUAAAAGCCCAGCUUCCUCAGAAGAUUGAAGAUCCUGGUUAUGUUGAUCUGAGUGAAGAAGAUGAAAACAUUGAAGAACAGAUUGAUGGUCCAGGUUUUAAUUCAGCAUGCCUUCCACAACUGAUUAAUGUUGAAGUGACAAGAAUCAAAUCGCCUAAGAGUAGUGAUCAAGACAAGGAAGAUAAUGCUGAAGAACUUGAUGUCAUGGAAGAUUGCUUCUCUAAUCUUGAAAAACAGAUUGAAUUAUCAAGAAAAGUAAACACUGAAGCAGAAUAUCACUUGGCUCGUACAGUCAUUCGAACUUUUGGUUGCAAUGUUUGCCACAAAAAGUUUGGCUCUGAAACAAGCCUGAAGAUGCAUAGGGCAACACACGCUGAAGAUAUAGAUUCUGAUGCACCUGGUUAUAUGAUAGUUGAACCUGCUGAUAAACUGGAAAGAACUACAGUGGUGGCGGAUGAAGAAAAUAAAACCUGUCAAGCUUGUGGAAUGCAUUUCGAACGGAGACGUUUAUUAAAAGAACAUGCACUUGCUGUGCAUGGGAUUAAAAAGCCUUUCCACUGCUGGCAAUGUGAUUUUGUCACAGCCAAGUAUGAGAGAUUGAGACCGCAUAUGUCAGUUCACACAGGAGAAAAGCCUUAUACAUGUAGUUUCUGCCCACGUACUUUUAGAAUGAAAGCAACUGCAGAUCAUCACAUUCUGACACACACAAAGGAGCGACCAUACAAGUGUUUAAAAUGUGAAAAAAGUUUUCGCCACCCAAGUACACUUAAGAAGCACAUCACAGCUGUUCAUGAAAAUCUUAAGCCCCACAUAUGUGAAACUUGUGGUCGUGCAUUUAGUCAUAUUAACAGUUUUCAACGCCACAAACAAAACAAAGUGUGUAUUGAAAAACAUAAGCUGUAAACAAAAAAUGAUUAUUAUAUUUCAUUCAUUCAUCGUACACUGAUAUCAAUGUAAAGUCAAGAAAAAUGUUACAUUAAAGGAGGAUGUAAUUUUUAACGGAGGUUAUAGAUCAACAUAAUUGCACAAUUAAACAUAAUAAGUCAUUUUCCUGACACAUAGCAUACUGCAAAAAUUAUUGAAAAAUAUGAUGACUUACAUAAUGGGAUCUAAGCUUCUUAGCAUUAAGAAAACUAGUUCUACACUCAUUGCAUCCAAAUGGCUUUUUAUGUUUUUUCUCGUGUUUGAAAUAUUUUUUUUCUGAACAAAAAACUUUUUUACAAUGCUUGCAUUGCAAUGCUUCAGUGUAAUAAAUGUAACCCAAGAAAUUGUA